AUGGACUUAAUAAGGAAUUCUAUCGAAUUUCACAGUGCUCAAUGUGAAGAUCUUAACAAGAAAGUAAAUUUAUUUUCGGAUGAUAUUAAAAACAUUGUCACAUUGGAAUCAAAAUUGAUUGCUAUACAAAAUGAAAAUAGACAAUUGAAACAGCUGAUAAACUCUAAUGAUCAACGUGAAAGACUUUUAAACCUUGAAAUUGUGGGUAUCCCAGAAACAGCCAAUGAACACCCAACUAAUAUAGUAAUUAACUUAGCAAAACUAGCAAAUGUUGAUAUAGUACCUGCCAAUAUUAUUUUUGUCAAUAGAAUUACCCCGAAAAACAAACAACAUGGAAGGCCUAGAAUUUUAAUUGCACGAUUGUCAUCGCGCUUAUUAAAAGACAAUAUUAUCUCAGGUGCACGCAAAUUGCGUUUGACUACAAAAGACUUAGGCGUGAGUGGAGAAGUGAAACCUGUUUACGUCAAUGAUAACCUGACGCCUCAGAACAAACUACUGUUAAAAAAGUGCAAAGAAACAGCAAAAAUAAAGGAAUUUCAAUAUGUUUGGACAAAACACGGAAAAGUUUAUAUCAGAAAAAACGAUACCAGUCCUUUGAUUCAGAUUUUAGACGAGGAAGACAUGAAAAGGAAGAUAGCCUAG